AGUUACCGCAGUUCAUGUUUUCCUUUAAGAGCAGAUUUAGUGCUUGAAAUUCAAAGAAUUCAUCAUGCUAUUUUUCCGUAUUUUGUUCUUCACUGGUGUCACAAUUGCUUCAGCAAAAAGGACCAGGACAUGGUAUUUGAUGCCAGAUGAUGGAGGACAUGGAAUUCAUCUUGUGAAUAUGCUACAUAGUGCCCAACAAAAUGAUGUACCUAGUAUUGAGUCCAAUGUUACACUUUAUCUCUAUACAAGGAAUAAUGAUACAAGUGUCAUUGACUGUGAUAACAUUGGAGGCUUUGACUCCAAAUGGCCUACUGUGGUGCUCGCCCAUGGUUGGAUGAGUAAAAGUAGUGAUCUGGACCACAUAAAGAAUGCAUAUUUGACAGCAGGUGAUUAUAAUGUUAUUUCUAUAGACUGGUCACCUAUUGCAAGCAAUGCAGCAUAUGAUCAAGUACGAGAGGAUCUAGUCAUUGUUGGUCAGUUUGUGGCAAAAUUUGUGGAUUGUUUAGUAGAGAUACAUGGCCUGAACUUGUCAAGAACUCACUUGGUUGGUCAUAGUCUGGGUGCCCAUGUUGUUGGUGUGAUUGGAGGGUCAUUAUCACAGCAGAAUAAAGUGGCACUCAUCACAGGAUUAGACCCAGCAGGGCCUGGAUAUGAUGAUAAUGAAAACCCAGGAAAUGAGAAGAUGCUGGACCAAGAAGAUGCAGAGUUCGUCCAGGUCAUCCAUACAAAUGCUGGUGUUCUAGGAUAUAAAUAUACCCUGGGAGAUGCAGACUUCUUUCCAAAUGGAGGUUCAGAGCAACCAGGCUGUGCUACUGACGAUUAUGGAGCCUGUUCACAUGGCAGGUCUACACUAUAUUUUGCUGAAUCUGUCACAUCUGCUUCAGCCUUCAUUGGUUACCAGUGUGACAGUUGGGACACAUGUACCAACUGUAAUGGAAAACUGUCGGCUGUCAUGGGAGCGCACGUUGACCCCAGCACUACCACAGGAGUAUACUACUUGAGUACUGCCAGUUCAUCACCAUAUGGGCUUGGUGUGCAAGGAUGUCCACAGGUUAUGUGAAGAAGAGACACAUCAUAGAAUGAGCAGGAAAAGUAGUUGCUGCAACACUUGACUGUUAGAGAUUGUUGCUGGAUAUGCAGUUUAUUGCAUAAAAUACUGUCAAACAUGAAGAAUAACAUAAACUAAUAAACUUUUGUGGAAAAACUUCUGCUCCUACAAAUUAUGU